AUGAGUCAGCCUUGGAACUUCUCAUCUUCUGGUUCUACUAAAAUUCAGCUGGUGGGUGGAGGAGCAUGGGGGAUUUUAUCUGGAUCAGCCCACCAUGCCUCAAGUGAUGCUACCCUUUUCUCUAGCUCAUUACCUGUACUUCCACAUCCAAAGUUGAACUUGAAUGAUGUGGAAAAUGGCCACCAAUCUAUUGAUGAUCUCUCAUCUGGCUUAAAAAAAUUCCAUCAAAAUAUGGAGGGUAAUGAUCCAAUUGAUGAUAUUGAAAAUCAUGCAAUUGGUAGCUUGCUUCCUGGGGACGAGGAGGAGCUUUUAGCUGGCAAAGCAGAUGAUCUUGACCUCAGUGGGUUGCCUGGGUCUCUGGAAGAUUUGGAAGAUUAUGAUCUCUUUGGUAGUGGAGGUGGCAUGGAAUUGGAAAGUGAUCCACAGGAUAGUCUGAGAAUUGGGAUUUCAAGGGUAAGUUUAUCUGAUGGUUCUACAGGGAAUGGGAUGGUUAAUUCUGCCGUUUCAAAUGGUGUGGGAACUGUUGCUGGAGAACAUCCAUAUGGCGAGCAUCCCUCCAGAACACUAUUUGUGCGAAACAUCAACAGUAAUGUCGAGGAUUCAGAACUAAGAGCACUUUUUGAGCAAUAUGGCGAUAUUAGAACUCUGUACACUGCAUGUAAACACAGGGGCUUUGUGAUGAUAUCUUAUUAUGAUAUUCGUGCUGCUCGAACUGCUAUGCGCAUAUUACAGAACAAGCCACUGCGACGGAGGAAACUUGAUAUUCAUUUUUCAAUACCGAAGGAUAACCCAUCAGAAAAGGAUGUUAAUCAAGGGACCUUGGUAGCUUUUAAUUUGGAUCCAUCAGUUUCAAAUGAAGACCUCCUCCAAAUAUUUGGGGCUUAUGGUGAGGUCAAAGAGAUAAGGGAAACGCCGCACAAGAGACACCAUAAGUUUAUCGAGUACUUUGAUAUCAGAGCUGCAGAAGCAGCACUCAAGUCAUUAAAUAGGAGUGACAUAGCUGGAAAACGCAUAAAGUUGGAACCCAGUCGCCCUGGAGGAGCUCGUAAAAACUUGAUGUUGCAACUGAAUCAAGACCCUGAACAAGAUGAAUCUCGGAAUUAUCUACAUUCCGUGGGUUCACCUGUAACCAACUCUCCACCAGGUAGCUGGGUGCAGUUCAACAGCCCCACUGAACAUAGUCAUAUGUACGGUAUUAGUAAAUCCCCUGGUUUCAGGACUAUGAGUCCGACAAACAGCAAUUAUGUGCCUGGACUAGCAUCAAUUCUGCAUCCCCAAGUAUCAAACACUCUGAAAGUGGCACCUAUUGGUAGUCAAGGAAGGGGGGGUAUUUCAAAUCAUAUGUUUACUAAUACAAACUCAGCACAUGGAUCUGCAUUUCAACAGUCGCAUUCAUUUCCGGAGCCAAACUUAAGCCAUUUCCAUGGAACAUUGCACUCCUCUGGACCUUCAACUUCAAGUGGAUCAUCAGCUGUGGAAACAUUAUCAGGUCCACAAUUUCUUUGGGGAAGUCCGACUCUUGAAAAAACAAAUUCUUCUGUUUGGCCUCAGAAAGCAGUGGGACAUCAACUUGCAUCGAAUGGCAAGGGUCAUAAUCAUCCAUUCUCAAGUCCUCAUAGCUCUUUCCUCAGCUCCUCCCCUCACCAUCAUCAUGUUGGAUCUGCUCCAUCUGGCAUUCCAUUUGACAGGCACCUCAGUUAUGUCCCAGAGUCACCGGAAACUUCAUUUUUGAGUCCUGCCUCCUAUGGAAGCAUGGGAAUAGGCCCCAGGGGUGUGAAUUUGAGAAUUAAUAGGGGCACUCAUACUGCUACAAAUGUUGGCUUUUCAAUACCCGGAAGUGUGCCUGAAAGUAGUUCCUCCAGUUUCAAAAUGAUGUCCUCACCAAAGCUUAGUCCCAUGUUUUUAGGUAAUGGGCCAUACAUGGGACUGCCUCCUACAAGCAUUGAUGGUUUCACUGAGCGUGGGAGGAGCAGACGAGUUGAGAAUAAUGGGAACCAAAUUGAUAGCAGGAAACAGUUUCAACUUGAUUUGGAUAAGAUUAUCACCGGGGAAGAUAGUAGAACAACAUUAAUGAUAAAAAAUAUCCCAAAUAAGUACACCUCAAAGAUGCUACUUGCUGUAAUAGAUGAAAAUCACAAGGGUACCUAUGAUUUUCUCUAUCUUCCAAUUGACUUUAAGAAUAAGUGCAACGUGGGCUAUGCAUUUAUCAAUAUGCUGUCUCCCUCACACAUCAUCCCAUUUUAUGAGGCAUUCAAUGGAAAGAAAUGGGAGAAGUUUAAUAGUGAGAAAGUUGCUUCGUUGGCUUAUGGGCGAAUCCAAGGGAAGGGAGCUCUUGUGACCCACUUUCAAAAUUCAAGCCUAAUGAAUGAAGACAAACGUUGUCGCCCGAUUCUCUUUAUCUCAGAGAGUUCAGAGGCUGGUGAUCAGAUCAUCCUGGAACAUCUUCCCUCCAAUAAUUUGAACAUCCACGUUUCUCAGCCAAAGGAGUCAGACCUUGGUUCAUCAGCAAGCCUGAAGUGUUGCGGGUCUGAUGAGAACAAGAGUUGAGUGUAUUUCAAAAAGAGUGCCCUCAGCCCAAGUUUGAUGGGGGCUGAGACUCAUAUAUCGUGUACAAAAGCAGGAGUCGAAGGACAUAACAUGAGGAUUUUGUUUUCUAGUUCCUUUUGGUCGUAGUUCUAUAGAGCUCUAGAAGAAACGGCAGCGUUUUGCUUCAUGUGCAGUAAAGGUAGAGCAUAUUGGCGGAUCAAAUUCUCCCAGCUGCCAGAUGCAUUUGUCAUAGUUGUGCAGGUCCCUUGUUUUUUUGGUCAUGGGGGAUUGGAUAAUUUAUCUGCAAAUACUUUAGGUGUUUUGGGUACAUGUGUUUUGAGCAAUCAGGUACAGAACUGUAUAGCGGGGGAUAAACAUGCUAAUGUUUUGGCAUUGGGGAUUCUUGAAAUGGGAAAUCCAAAUGUGUGAGAUGAGAAAUUUUACCAAAACUGUUGUAUCAUCUUUAUCCAAGUUAAAUUAUUCACAACUGCCUCUAAAUUGUGUUUGCUUCCCUGUUUACUUUGAUCGAGGGAUUUCUAUAUCAUC